CUGGCUCCUCUCUCGGCUGUGAGUUGGCUGCUCUCGUUCUGCUCUCCAUUUGCCGGUAUGCCGCAGAGAAAGAGGAGUUUUACUUUCGGAGCCUAUGGAGGAGUGGACAAGACCUUCUCCAAGGCCAGAGGCAUAUGGAAACAAGAUGGGAAUGACCCUAGAAUUACUGCUCCGCUAGAGCCCCAGCUGUUCCAGCCUACGGUCACACACACCGCCUCUCCAUUCCACAAGACCACAGAUUUAUUUGAAAUGAUUGAAAAGAUGCAGGGCAGCAGGAUGGAUGAGCAGAGAUGCACCUUUCCUCCUCCUCUCAAGACCGAGGAAGACUACAUUCCAUACCCAAGUGUCCAUGAGGUGCUGGGGAGAAAAAGCCCCUUUCCCCUCAUCCUGCUGCCGCAGUUUGGGGGUUACUGGAUUGAGGGGACCUACCACGAGCUUAGCGACACAUGGGUCAGCGAGCAGCUUCAGCCUCCGUCUCCCAACACUCGCACCAAGCUGGAAUGUAACACAACGGCCACGAUAUACCGUAAACACUUCCUGGGAAAGGAACACUUUAAUUACUAUUCAGUGGACGGGGCCCUCGGACAUCUGGUGUUCUCCCUAAAAUACGACGUGAUUGGCGAGCAGGAACACCUUCGUCUAAUGCUCAGGACCAAGCUGAAAACCUAUCAUGAUGUGAUUCCCAUUUCCUGUCUGACUGAGUUCCCCAACGUGGUCCAGAUGGCCAAGCUUGUCUGUGAAGAAGUCAACGUGGAUCGUUUCUUCCCCGUCCUUUAUCCAAAAGCUUCAAGACUUAUCGUCACCUUUGACGAACACGUGAUAAGCAACAACUUCAAGUUUGGGGUCAUCUAUCAAAAGUUUGGACAGACUUCAGAGGAGGAGCUGUUUGGUAACAGCGAAGAGAGUCCUGCCUUUGUAGAAUUCUUAGAGUUUCUCGGUGAGAAAAUCGAGCUUCACAACUUUAAAGGUUUCCGUGGAGGUUUGGAUGUGACUCAUGGGCAGACUGGCGCAGAAUCGGUCUACUGCAACUACCGCAACAAAGAGGUCAUGUUCCACGUGUCCACAAAGCUGCCUUACACAGAGGGGGACACCCAGCAGUUGCAGAGAAAAAGACACAUAGGAAAUGACAUUGUAGCUAUUGUAUUCCAAGAAAGAAAUACUCCCUUUGUGCCAGACAUGAUUGCAUCGAACUUUCUUCACGCUUACAUCGUGGUCCAAGUGGUCAACCCCGGCUCUGACAAUGUGUCUGUGACUGCAAGGGAUGAUGUUCCGUUCUUCGGCCCGGCCCUUCCAAACCCAGCCGUCUUUAAAAAAGGCCCUGAAUUCCAUGAAUUCCUUUUUACGAAGCUAAUCAAUGCGGAGUACGCUUGCUAUAAAGCUGAGAAAUUUGCCAAAUUGGAGGAACGAACAAGGUCGGCUUUGCUAGAGACCCUGUAUGAGGAGCUCCACGUGAACAGCCAGGCCAUAAUGGGUGUCGGAGGAGAGGACGACAAACUGGAAAAUGGAAACGCAGGAGGGGGAGGCUUCUUUGAGUCCUUCAAGCGGGCCAUCCGCAGUAGGAGCCACUCUAUGGAUGCCGCCGGUCUAGGUUUCAAGAAGCCACACACAUUCGCCAAUAGCCUGAGCAGCACCUUUAACCACAGCCCAGCAGAGAGCCCCAAAUUCCCAGGGAUAUCUCUGAUAAUCCCAGGGAAAAGCCCGACCAGGAAGAAGUCUGGACCUUUCAGCUCCAGGAGAAGCAGCGCCAUUGGCAUUGAAAAUAUUCAAGAAGUCCAAGAAAAGAGCACCAGUAGAGACACCUCCCCGAAUACUCAGAAAACACCUGACAGUGGCCAUGCAUCCCAAGACCCCAAAUCUGACAACUCGGAUCAGAGCUCUCCCGAGGUGCUCACGACCACAAAGAACAGUUCUUAUCUUUGCGGCAGGACCCCGUCCAUCCCCGAGGGUCACGAUCUGUCCCGCUCCUCCUCCAACGCCAGCAGCUUUGCCAGUGUGGUGGAGGAGAACGAGACCACGGAGGACUACGACACAGGCAUGGAGAGCAUGUCGUCGGCCGGGACGCCUCAUAAGCGAGACUCCCUGGCAUACAGCACUUGGCUGGAGGACAGCAUCAGCUGCACCAGCACAAACAGUCGUGGAAGCUCUCCAGGGCCAGUCUUCGAACUGUUAGCUCCACCCACCCGACUGUACACUAGAUCUCCGUCUUCAGCAAUCCCAUAAAUCACACUCCCGCUGGGAGAUGCAGGCAUUUGCCAUGAGCGGUGAUGAGAAGAAGGAUGAUGAAGAUGAGAAAGAGGAGAAAGGGGCAGGUGAUGCUGGGCCAGACGUCUGCUCAGGGAGGUCGAAGCUCUUCUGACACCCGGAGGACACUUGAGAGGGUGACUCACAAAGAGAGGCCGGCUUUUGCACAACUACGUUUCCUUCCACCAUUUUCUUUGCCUGUUCACACAUCUGUUGCCUAGCUGUACAUUUUUUUUCUACCUGACCUCUGUUUCUAACGUGCACGUUCGAUCCACAGAUGUAAUUGUUUCAUUUUGAAAGGAUAUAAGUUUGGUUCAUUUGUAUAACCGAAGCCCACACGUAUACCAAAAAUUAAGAAUCAAAGACAUGAUAUAAGAAAAUAUAGAGUUAAAUGUGGUCAUUUAGUGGGUUGAAAUCCAACAAAGGACAGUAUUGCUGCGGCAAACACAAUCGCACACUUCCUUCUUCUUUCCGGGCUGGAAGUAGUUUAAUUUAAAACCAUAAGCCACAAUUAAAGGUGCAUUGUAUUGUGAAUAAGCUGAAAUGGCCUUAAGAGUUUAAAGAAUUCUUUUUUUUCUUUGCCUUCGAGUUAUUUUACCUCAUGUUUGUCACUCAUGUGUUCUGCAGCAGAAAAAAAGGGACAGCAGUAUUAAAGUGUAAACAGCUCCGUUUGGAAUCAUUAGAGGCGCAGACAUAUCCUAAAAAUGGUCACGCUUCAUCACAGUCUGUAUAGUCUAUGGAUAGCUAACACAAGGAUGUUUCCAUUACUCAGUGACUUAACUGCUUUGUGUGACAUGUCCUCUGAGUCUCUCUUUUCUUUUUAGUUUGAUUGUAGUUUUAUUUAUUGAUUUGUUUUCUCUAAAGUGGCAUUUACAACAGAUAGCUGUGAUAGUGUAGCUCUACAUUCAGCAUUUGUCAUUUUGCUUGUGUUGUAUGUGUUGCUUUGGCAAAAAUAAUGACAUCUGUAAAGCUUUGUCUGUUUCAGGGGUCAAAUCUCGUUCAGUGCAAUGUAAUUAUAAAACGGUGAAUAUUUAUUUGCUUUUGAAGUGACUAAGUUUCUACAACUACUGCUACUGAUUUUGUAAAUAAUUCAUUAGUUGGAGGACGUGGUGUAAAAUGAAGGCGCCAUUGAUUUUAAAUAAGACUGAGAAAGAUCUUGGAAUUACUGCCAAUUUAACAGUUUACUCUUGUUUUCAUAAUUUUUUAGAAUUGAUUUCAAAGCUAUUCAGUUUUUUUCUGUGAAAGGGAAAAUCUCAAUGUACACUCGGCUGAUAAUUUCAGUUGCCUUAUGUCACAUUUGUAAUGGCGUAAGUAAAGCUAGUCAAAGAAAUGGUGAAAAAGCAGCAGGGUUUACAAUGAAAUGAAUGUUUUGCUCUUGCUUGUUUUUACUGUAAAUAAAUUCCCUGAG